CUCCGCUCCCAGCUCGACUUUGCUGAGCCGUGAACCCUGAACCCCCGCUCCGGUCGCUACCGGUCCGGUGUGCCGGUUCUGGUCUUGGUCUCGGUCCCGGGCUCAUGAACGGCGGCAUGGCCGCGUCCUCCAACCGGAUCACGCUGGGCCCGCUGGUGGCCGCCAUCGACCAGGGGACCAGCUCCACACGGUUCCUGGUGUUCAACUCCAAGACGGCGGAGCUGCUGAGCCACCACCAGGUGGAGAUCAGACAGAGCUUCCCUAAGGAGGGGUGGGUGGAGGAGGACCCCCGGGAGAUCCUGCAGUCGGUGUACGAGUGUAUGGAGCGGACCUGCGAGAAGCUGACCCAGCUCAACAUCGACAUCUCCAACAUCAAAGCUAUCGGAGUGACCAAUCAGAGGGAGACCACGCUGGUGUGGGACAGGCGGACCGGCGAGCCGCUCUACAACGCCAUCGUGUGGCUGGACCUGAGGACUCAGUCCACCGUGGAGCGGCUCAUCAGCAAGACUCCGGGGAGGAACAAGAACCACCUCAAGCAUAAGACGGGCCUCCCCAUCAGCACCUACUUCAGUGCGGUGAAGCUCCGUUGGCUGCUGGACAACGUCCCCGAGGUCCGGGAGGCCGUGGAAUCGAACCGGGCUCUGUUUGGAACCGUGGACUCCUGGCUCAUCUGGUGUCUGACCGGCGGGGCGUGCGGUGGCGUCCACUGCACCGACGUGACCAACGCCAGCAGGACCAUGCUGUUCAACAUCCACACCCUGAACUGGGACCCCGAGCUCUGCAGGUACUUCGGCGUUCCCAUGGAGAUCCUGCCUCGAGUGAGGAGCUCUUCAGAGAUCUACGGCCUCAUGAAAAUCAGUUCUAGUCUGAAAUCCGGGGCUCUGUCCGGGAUCCCCAUCUCCUGAUGUCUGGGAGACCAGUCUGCGGCGCUGGUGGGACAGAUGUGCUUCCAGGACGGGCAGGCCAAGAACACGUACGGAACCGGCUGUUUCCUCCUCAGGAACACCGGAUCCAAGCCGGUGAUGUCGGACCACGGCCUCCUCACCACGGUGGCCUACAAGCUGGGCCGGGACAAGCCGGCCUGCUACGCUCUGGAGGGCUCGGUGGCCAUCGCCGGAGCCGUGGUGCGCUGGCUGCAGGACAACCUGGGAAUCAUCGGCUCCUCCGAAGAACUCGAGCAGUGUGCCGCCUCUGUCGGAACCUCGUACGGCUGUUACUUCGUCCCGGCGUUCUCCGGCCUCUACGCUCCGUACUGGGAACCCAGCGCCAGAGGGAUAAUCUGCGGCCUGACCCAGUUCACCAACAAGAACCACGUGGCGUUCGCCGCCCUGGAGGCCGUGUGCUUCCAGACCCGAGAGAUCCUGGACGCCAUGAACCAGGACAGUGGCAUCCCGCUGAGCCAGCUGCAGGUGGACGGCGGCAUGACGUCCAACCGGCUGCUGAUGCAGCUGCAGGCCGACAUCCUCUGCAUCCCCGUCGUGAAGCCCUCCAUGCCGGAGACCACGGCUCUGGGCGCCGCCAUGGCAGCAGGAGCGGCGGAGGGCGUCUCCGUCUGGAGCCUCCGGUCUGAGGACCUGAAUGAAGCCACCUGCGACAAGUUUGAGCCCCAGAUCAACCCUGAGGAGAGCGAGCUCCGGUACGCCCGCUGGAAGAAAGCCGUCCAGAAGUCCAUGAACUGGGAGACGACGGAACCGCUGAGCAACGGGAACGGAGAAGCCAGCAUCUUCAGCAGCGUUCCUCUGGGCUUCUACAUCAUGGGCAGCAUGCUGAUGCUCAUCGGGGCCAAGUUCCUCCAGCCCUCCUGAGCGAUGACAUCACUUCCUGGUUCCUGACCAAUGGAACGUUCUCCAGAGAGCCUCUGAACGGACUUAUGAUUUGUGCAUGAAUUGUUCUUUUUUUUUUUUUUUUUUUUUUAACUUUCUGGGUUUGUUUGUGUGGAGAAACUCACGUCUGGUUUCAUGAAUAUUCAUUUUCUAAUUUGCAUAUUUUGGACACAAAUCAUUUCCUACAUUUAUAUUUAUUUGUCAAUAAGUGUUUGCCAAAGUUUACAGUAAUAUUCACUGGCCCCUAAUAAUAUUUAACUGACUAAAAUUAAAUUUUUAGUGGUGACAAAUCAAUAUUCACUGACUUCUAAUUCAUAUUUAGUGACCAAUAUUUACCAUGUAUGGACCUGAAAUAUAUAUGUAAUGGACAC